AUGGAGACAGAUACUGGCGCCGGUGACGGGCCGCUUGUUUUCGACUUUCUUUCUCUAUCCAAACUUGAACAGCGAUGCGGAACGGACGGCGGAAGAUUUGCCGCAACUCGUCCCAUCGUGUCGACAAACUAUUUCGACUGCAAUCCACUUGAUGCGGCAACGGCAUUCGGGCUUCGCAACAGACUGAUGCGCAAAGAUUUUUCUUCUGGGCUGGAUGAGCACCUUGCGGCUAUGCCUGUUUGGAUAAUUGCAAACGCAAAGGACCAACUAGGGACGACCUUUGUAGGCUGUCAACGCUCCAACACCAAAAUCUCCACAUUCCACACUAGGUGUUUGGGUCGUUUUGGAGAAAGCUGUGAAAAUACCAUAAAGAUGCUUGGUAAUCGUUUCAAGCAUGGUCUUGAAGCAAAAAGCAAGGCGGUCGCGUUAUACAGUAUCCUGGGAAGCAGUGUUUCUUCGACGUGGGGAGCUAGAAGAUGUCUCUCAAACAUGACUCUGACGUUCAAGUGGGAUGCAAAAACCGAGAAUUACCUGUGUGCACCACCACCGUCGGCAUCAGCAAUGUUCCACUUUUCGCCCGGAUGGAAGGAUAAACGGGUGGCUUUGUUGGAAGCUACAGAGCAACUUGAGUACUUGUUGUUGAUGGCAAACGUUUUGGAUUCUGGCUCCACAAUGGUUUGGCCUUCGAGGCCUGAAGGUACCUCUGAUGAUUUGCUUGCUGAAGUGAAGCAGCUUAUUGCGCAAUACAGGGUACAGAACAAUGACGCGGAGCGAACCCUCCAUGGGACUAGGCAUGUCGACUUCACUGAACUUUUGUGGGAUAUAUUGAAAAAGUGCCCAGAUUACAAAACUCUUGUGUCUGCUCUACACAUCGUCUUCGAUGCUUUGAAACAAUGCCGCAUUAAUGCAAUUUUACACGAGGACAAUAAAUCAUCAAUAGCACGAUUGAUACGCGAUGCACAAUCCCAAGAUCUCAUGCUUCCUCGUCUGGAAGCGCUUACUCCUAUCCAAAUUUUACUCGAAAUAGGAUAUGAACGUUUCAGAAGGGACAUGGUGCAAGCAUAUGUCACAGCGGGCUUCGUUACGAAUGACACUGAUAUUGACUUGAAGCCACAACAGAAUGCUUCACUUGAAGAACGGACACGUGCUCUUCUUCCUCUCCAUCUAGCUUUGCAGACGAUGCUUGAAAUGACGCGUUAUCUCGCACUUCCUGGUCACACUUUAAAUGCCCUGACAAGGUUUGAU